UUUGGUAAAGCAAAACUUUGUAAUCGCUCAUAAUUAAUUCAUUGUCGGCUUCAUCGGCCUUUUCCUUCUUCUUCCACCCAAAUAAAAACCUUGAGUUUUAAUUUCAGGGUUGACAUGGAGACUGAGAGUCACGUUUCAGUCCCUGGGAAGAAUCUAGUUAAAGUCGAGUUCAAGCUUGGGACAGAGAGCUUCACAAUUGAUUCAAUCAAGGGUAAUACUGUAUUGGACCAAUUGGUUUCGAUGAAAGAAGAAAGUAUGAAGAUACUUAAAGAUUUUAUCACUAAGCAUAAUGUUCCAGAUGAUGAUGUCCCUGACCAAAUCUUGUCUGAUGAAGAAGAAAGCGAUGAUGAUGAUGCUUCUCCUGUAAUAUGUCCUGUGAAACCCAAGAAGACAAAGAUUUGAUCUUUCUCCUUUCAUUUAUCACUUGUUGUCUUGUCUUUUUAUCUAUGGAUGAAACCUUUUGGCAAAUUUCCUCUUUGUGGAACUGUUUUGUUUAUCUAAGAAGAAUUUGAGGACUUAGGUUAAGUGAUGUUCAAAUUUUAGCAUUUUCUA